AUGGACGUAUCUACAGCGUUCCUAAACGGUGUCCUAAAUGAGAUAAUCUAUAUGAGGCAGCUACUGUGGUUCCGAUCUGAAAAUCGUACUCUAGUUUGUAAGCUACAGAAAAGUUUGUACGGCCUAAAACAGGCUCCAAGAAUUUGGUGCCAAGUCCUUAAUGCCUUUUUUAAGACUUAG